GAGGCUGAGGCAGGGGGCUUGCCCAGAGUCAGAGGGCCAGCCUGGGCUAGUUAGCCAGUCUUGCCUUCUCUCUGAGCUGGCGCUGUGGAGCUACUCAGUGCCGGGCGCGUUCCGGGAAAGCGAGGUUCAGAUCAAGUGUCCUGCCCGGCGGAUACCCGCUCACAGGCUCUGCCUGCGCACUGGUGUGCGUCUGCAGUGUCGCUCGCAAUUGGCAGCGGUCGGGCACCGUGGUCCCGCCCCUUCAUGCUGAGGUUUCCUAUUGGAGGAAACUCACGAGGCCCCGCCCCUCGGCGACCUGGGCAGCCGGAAGCGAGUAUGGCGGCCGCGGGGGCCGCGGCUACGGACCUAGAGGUGGUCCGGGGCAAGCGCUCCGCGCUGUUCUUCGCCGCGGUGGCCAUCCUGCUGGGACUGCCGCUCUGGUGGAAGACCACGGAGACCUACCGAGCCCCGUUGCCUUACUCCGAGAUCAGUGGGCUGAAUGCCCUGCAGCUCCGGCUCAUGGUGCCAGUCACAGUUGUGUUUACUCGGGACUCUGUGCCCCUGGACGACCAGGAGAAGCUACCCUUCACCGUUGUUCAUGAGAGAGAGAUCCCUCUGAAAUACAAAAUGAAAAUCAAGUGCCGAUUCCAGAAGGCCUACCGGAGAGCUCUGGACCACGAGGAGGAGGCACUGUCGCUGGGCAGUGUAUAUGAGGCAGAAGCCAUGUUAGCUGAGCCGGAGAAGCAAGCAGAGGGCUCCCUGACGGUGUACAUCAUCUCCGAACACUCCUCCCUUCUUCCCCAGGACAUGAUGAGCUACAUUGGACCCGAGAGGACAGCGGUUGUACGGGGGAUAAUGCACCGGGAAGCCUUCAACAUCAUUGGCCGCCGCAUAAUCCAAGUAGCCCAGGCCAUGUCUUUGACAGAGGAUGUGCUCGCCGCUGCUCUGGCUGACCACCUCCCCGAGGACAAGUGGAGCUCUGAUAAGAGGAGGCCUCUCAAGUCCAGCUUGGGCUACGAGAUCACUUUCAGCUUACUCAACCCAGACCCCAAAUCCCAUGAUGUCCACUGGGACAUCGAGGGGGCUGUCCAGCGCUAUGUACAGCCUUUCCUGAAUGCCCUCCGUGCCGCUGGCAAUUUCUCUGUGGACUCUCAGAUUCUUUAUUAUGCCAUGUUGGGAGUGAACCCCCGCUUUGACCCAGCCUCAUCUAGCUACUACUUAGCCAUGCACAGCCUCCCCCAUGUCAUCAACCCGGUGGAGUCCCGGCUGGGAUCCAGCGCUGCCUCCCUGUACCCUGUGCUCAACUUCCUACUCUACGUGCCUGAGCUCGCCCACUCCCCUCUGUACAUUCAGGACAAGGAUGGGGCUCCAGUGGCCACCAAUGCCUUCCACAGUCCCCGCUGGGGUGGCAUUAUGAUAUACAACGUCGAUCCCCAAAUCUAUAAUGCCUCAGAUCUGCCAGUGAGAGUUGAGGUGGACAUGGUGCAGGUGAUGCAGGUGUUCCUGGCUCAGCUGAGGCUUCUCUUUGGGAUUGCUCAGCCCCAGGUGCCUCCAAAAUGCCUGCUUUCAGGACCAAAGAGUGAAGGACUCAUGACCUGGGAGCUGGACCGAUUGCUCUGGGCUCGGUCAGUGGAGAACCUGGCCACAGCCACCACCACCCUCACUUCCCUGGCUCAGCUUCUGGGCAAGAUCAGCAACAUUGUCAUCAAGGAUGAUGUGGCAUCUGAGGUAUAUAGGGCUGUGGCUGCAGUCCAGAAGGCAGCAGAGGAGUUAGCCCUUGGGCACCUGUCAGCCGCCUUUGUGGCCAGCCAGGAAGCCGUGACAUCUUCUGAGCGUGCCUUUUUUGAUCCCUCGCUCCUCCACCUCUUGUAUUUCCCUGAUGACCAGAAGUUUGCUAUCUAUAUCCCACUUUUCCUGCCUAUGGCUGUGCCCAUCCUUCUGUCUCUGGUCAAGAUCUUUCUGGAAACUCACAAGUCCUGGAAAAAGCCUGAGAAGAUAGACUGAGCCGGAUGGCAUGUCAGAGGAAGCCUUCCUGUCUGGCCAAGCCAGGGUAUUGGGUGAGAGGCCAAAGCGAGGUCCUAUGGUUUGUCUUCAUUCUUUGUUGGCUCUCUACCAACCAGAGGAUGCCACUCCAUGGUGGACUCACCUUCCUUUCCCUUCCCAUUGCACUAAUCUGGUCCUCCAUCACACCUAGCAGCCUAGGAGGACACAUUUUCUGGAUCUCCACAUCUGGCUUGAACUUAAAGGCCUUUGCCUGUCUACUCCUGGGCAGGGGUACCUUGUUCUUCCAGCCUGUCAGCACGGCAUACUUCUGUACUGAGAGGUGGAUUGAGGGGAAAUCCUUGGGUUGAAUUAUAGCCCCCUCCUCUCCACUUCUAAGAUCUUCUCCCUCCUUCCUCCCCUUCCUGACUGGUAUCACCCAUUGGGUACAGCCUAGCGUGGUCGAGGAGGCAGCCGCUUAGGACCUGUUUCUGCCUUGUGGCUAAGGUUCCCCUCUGCCCUUUCAGAGAGGCAGUGUGGUACAGGAGGAAACGUUUCUGACUUGGAAUCCAGCAGGCCUGAGUCAGACCCCUGCUGCACCUACGGACUGGAGAGCUUCAGAUAAGCUGCUCUUCUCUCUGAGCCUCAGGUUUUCAUCUGUCGGAAAGCACUGAUGACGUCACUCUCAGAAGGGGGUUGGAUUAAAUGUGAUAAGCAUGUAAAAGUGUUCUGUAUAUUGGGCUCUUUAAAAAUAUAUAUUAGGUUGUUAAUAAACAUUGGUUGAAUAUGAGUUGA